GAGGCGGGGCCUACAGGCUGUGCACAGGCCUAGCGCAGCCGGACUAAACAUUUGCACUUCAGCAGCGCUGUCGGUAUCCAGAAGGAGCCCAGUUCACCUACAGCGCCGCGCAUCCUCAUUCCCGACCACCCUCACUAUGACUGCUGACGAGAUGAAGCCUGAGGGACCUGAACACUUCACAAUGGAUGGCUCCGAUAUCACCCCCAAAGGAGAUCAGGGAGUCCUGAAGCUUAUAAAGAAGGAGGGAACAGGGGAGAAUACCCCAAUGAUUGGUGAUAAAGUCAGUGUUCAUUACACGGGUUGGCUAACGGAUGGAACCAAGUUUGAUUCCAGCAGGGACAGGAAGGAUAAGUUCACCUUUGACCUUGGGAAAGGGGAAGUGAUAAAGGCAUGGGACAUAGCUGUAGCAACCAUGAAGGUUGGGGAAAUCUGCCAAAUAAUUUGCAAACCAGAGUAUGCCUAUGGCACGUCGGGAAGCCCACCCAAGAUACCACCCAAUGCUGUGCUGAUAUUUGAGGUGGAGCUGUUUGACUUCCAAGGGGAAGACCUGUCACAGGACGAGGACGGAGGAAUUAUCCGCAGGAUACGAGUGAAAGGAGAGGGCUAUUCUAAACCCAAUGAAGGAGCAGUGGUGGAAUUACAUCUAAAGGGCAUGCACAAUGGCAGCGUCUUCGAUGAAAGGGAGUUGAAGUUUGAGGUGGGCGAAGGAGAGAGCAUCGGGAUCCCUCCUGGUGUGGAAAUUGCAAUUCAGCAAAUGGAGAAGGGAGAGGAAGCUGUUUUGUAUCUGAAGCCAAAAUAUGGAUUUGGCAUUGCCGGGAGUGCAAAAUACCAGAUUCCGCCUGGAGCAGAGCUGCAAUAUGAUAUCAGAUUAAAGAAUUUCGAGAAGGCUAAAGAGUCAUGGGAAAUGAACGCAGAGGAGAAGCUUGAGCAGGGCUGUCUCGUGAAAGAACGUGGAACCAAGUAUUUUAAGGAUGGUCGUUACCGUCAGGCCACUAUCCAAUACAAGAAGAUCGUACAGUGGUUGGAACAUGAAUCAGGCCUAUCAAAGGAAGAAGAUGCCAAAGCGAAAUCACUUAUAUUGGCAGCUUCUCUUAACCUGGCUGCGUGUUACCUGAAGCUGGGGGAGCAACGAGCUGCACUAGAGUACUGCAACAAGGCCCUGGAACUUGAGCCCAGCAAUGAAAAGGGUCUUUUCCGCAGGGGAGAAGCCUUCAUGUGCACCAACGAUCUGGAGCAUGCUAGGAAUGACUUUACAAAAGUGCUCCAGCUAUAUCCAUCCAACAAAGCGGCUCGUGCCCAACUAGGGCACUGCCAGGUUCGUAUUCGCCAGCAGACGGAGCGAGAGAAAAAGAUCUAUGCUAACAUGUUCCAGAAGCUAGCAGAAAAAGAAAGCACGGAGGUUCCACCCACCCCCAGUGACAUAGAAAUGAAAGAACCUGAUGAGAAUGGAUCACUAAAGAGCAUGGCAGCAGAUGCAUAGGAUGGGCUAAAACCCUCAGUUUUUAUUAUUUAAGGAUCCUUCUUUGUUACUGACCCAGAUCUUUCUACGUAAACAGUGGAAUUGGGGUAGUUUUGCAAGGAGGGUGCUGACAUGGUUUGCACUAAAACUCAUCAAGCUCCCUGUCCAUUUGUUCGGGCUGAGGUGGUGACUCCUGUUCAUUCCGGCCUCUUAACUCGAGUCUCAGGACUGCAGCUCCCAUAACCCUCUCACAUGGAUAAAGUGUAAACAGACAGACAGUCACUAGUCUCAAGGACUGACAUGUCUCUCUCAGUAAUAGCCACCUUCCAUUUUUACCCCCGUAACGUGAUCUCCAAAGGAUAUGCUAUGAUCCCCUCCACUGUACAUUACUUGAUCUUUCCCUUCCAUUGGAAAGCAGCUGGUCAGGGUUCGCCACAUUAUUAUUUUUUUCUAACUUUGACAGUGGCCAUGUGUUUUGUACAUCUGUUUUCUAUCCUGUUGCACACCCACAGCAUUCAGUCUGCCUUCUUUUCUCCCUCUUUUUUUUCUGUUAUGCAAUACUGUUUUAUUGUGUUAAUUUCUUGUCAAUUUAAAAUAAAUGAACAACUGUUUUUCAGAACCGUU